AAGUAUUAACGUGAACGUUAAGACCAUGUCUUCCUCGAUGUCUUCCUUUAACAACAAACGCGGCGCGAAAUUGAGUAUUAAAAAAAAAAGUGAAACGAACAAGAAGCCUUACGGUGGUGCUAGUGGCGGUGGCGAACAUUCGGUGUUAAGAACGGCAUUAGAAAAAAAUAAACCAUCAAAAUUAAUGGACGGAGAUGUCAUCAUCAAUCUCAUUACCGAAGAUGAUGAAGGACACCAGGAAAGAACCACCACUACAACAGCCAACAACAACAACAUGAAUGAGUUGGACGACUUUCUGAAAGAAUACGAGGGCAUCGUGAGCCACGUAUAUGCCCCACAAGUAAGGGCGAUCCCUCCACCUCACGACCAGGAGCAUCAGCAGCAGCAGCAGUUAAGCCAUCAUCAGUAUCCGGUACAGAUAUUAGAACACAUCAUAAUUCCCGCGCCGCCGCCGCCACCACCACCGCCACAGUCAAAUCAGCACGCGGGAGAUGGCUUACACCAAUUUCAUCCGCCGCCACCGGGCAAUAACGCCGUGAACAACAAUCACUUUCAAGCUUCGUUACCAAGGGCGGGUGCAAAGGACAUGAAUGUCCUAAGAGACAUCUACCAAAACAUCUCCCCAGCAGCAGCAACAGAUCUGCCGCCACCACCACCACCACCCCCGCUGGACCCGCACAGGUGGCACGAGCCGUCCAACCCCCAAGAGCUGGCAAUGGUGUCCAUGCGGUGCCUGGAGCAAAUGUUGCCCAUUGUUGAAACGAAGCACCGAGAUUCCCAACUUCUUACCGAAAGGUUGGAAAGGGAAUUAACGGCAUCCCGAACACAACAGCAGCAUCUCCAAAAAGAAAUGCAAUUAAUAAUUAAUUAUAUUACAUUUUUAAAACAAAUGUCAAUGUAACUAUAACGAAAUAAUAAUGUAAUUAUUGUAUGUACCUAUUUCAAAUAUACGGAAUUGAUGCAA